AUGCUAGACUGUUGUUCUUUAUGUGAAAAACAUAAAGGAAAAACUAAAAAGGGGCUAUUCUUAUUUCCUUAAGAAUUUAAACAAUCAUACUAAAAUUUUUACAUUUCUUAAAUUGUAUUGAAAUUGAUAGCACUAAAUAACAAUAAAUUAAUUUUUUAAGAUAACUUUCUAUUGUUAGAUAAUGAGUAAAAUAUUUGCGAAUAUUGCUGGUAAUUAAUGUAAUAUAGAUUUACAUGUAGGAAAUGUAAAAUACUUAAUUUUUUAUAAAAUGAAAAGUAAAAUAGAUGUCAAUUUUGCAACACAAAUCUAUGUUGUCAUUGUGGAUAACAAUUAGAUUUAUUUCAUUGUAAUUAAUCUGUUUGUUAUUCUUGUUAAAAAUAAGAAAUAAUUUAAUAUAAAAUAGCAUACAUAGUUAUGAUAAUAAUAAUAGGACUAUUUUUACCUUACUUAGCUUUUACCUAUCUUUUAACAAAAUUUUUUGAUCCUGUUCAUCAGUAUAAAUUUUGUAAGAAAAGUGUUCUAAGAACAUUUUUUUUAUUUAUACUAUUAUUUCCAAUAAUGUUUCCUUAUGCUUUAAUUGAACUUUUUAUUACUGGAUUUAAAGCAAUAAUAAAAAAUUUAAGAUGA